AUGAAUUCCACUGAUAAAAAAGGAAUUAUUGAAAUGGCUCAAAAAAACGCAAUAAAAAAUAAUAAUGUAUAUUUAUCAAUUAAUAAUUACAAUAAUAAAUUAAAGGAAGAUUAUUCUAGUACCAAAUUGAUAAAAAAUAAUGUUUUGAGUAUUUUCAGUUAUUCAUUAAAAUAUAUGGAUAAAAAAAGUUUAAACAAAUGGUUGAGAAGUAAUAUAAAAGCUCCAUAUUACGAUACAUUUGUACCUAGAAAUAAACCAUUUGCAUAUAUUAGAUUUAAAAGUUAUGAAGAUUUAAAAAUAUUUGAAAAAAUGAUUGAAAAUAAACAUUUUUAUAAGAAUGACAAUAUGUCAAUUAUUAAAAUAAAUAAAUCAUCAAAAUACUCUCAAAAAAGGAAAUUUAAUGAAAAUAUUGAUAACGAGAAUGGAACAAAGAAAUUAAAAAUUGAAGAUCUUUAUGAAAAUAAUAAAAGGGAGGAUGAAAACGAAUUACUAGAUUUACAAAGUGUUAUAAAAAUAAACAAAGCACAAAAAAAUAAAAGUAUAGAAAAUUAUGUAACUCCUUUUUAUAAAUAUUCAUAUCAGGACCAAAUUAGUAUAAAACAAAAAUUUUUAAAAAAAUGCAAAGAUCAAAUUUUAAGUAAUUUAAAAAGCAAAUGGAUGAAACAGAGUUUAUUAUUUGGAGAAAUUGAAACUAGUAUGUUUGAUGAAGAAAUUAAUAUGAAUAAUAAUAAAAUGAUCAGUAAUAAUAAUGACAAUUUAGAAAAGAAAAAUAAAAAAAACGAAACAAGCAGCGAUAGUUGUUUUAAUAAAACCAUACUUAGUGAUAUAAAAUCAAAUAAUAAAAAAAAUAGAGAAAUAACAAUUGACGAAAAAAUGAAACAUUAUGAAUUUGAAAUAGACAAACCAUUAUAUCCUGAUGAAAAAGGAACAAAUGAAUACCGAAAUAAAUGUGAGUUUACUAUAGCUCAUGAUGAAAAUAAUAAUAUAGAAAUAGGUUUUGUUGUUGGAAAGAUGAAAACAGAUUUAAAUCAUAACAAUGUAGACAAAAAUGCAAGUGAAGAUAAUAUUUGCAAUUUUAGUGAAAAUAAUAUAAGUAAUAAUGCAUCACCAAUCAAUGAAUCACAUAGUACUAAACUUAGAAAUAAAAAACAAAAACAAUCAUACUAUUUAAACCCAAUAGUUAAAGGUGUUGAUGAAUGUAUUCAUAUUCAUCCAUGUAUGAAAGAAGUUGUUCAUGAAAUGAAAAAUAUUAUAAAAGAUUCAAAUUAUCCAGUUUUUGAUAGAGUUUAUAAAACUGGAAUUUGGAGAUUACUUAUAGUUCGUUUAAAUAGUAAGAAAGAGUUGAUGAUUACAAUCCAGACUUAUACAUUAGAUCAAAAAAAAAAAAAAGAAAUAAAAAAGUUAUUAAUAAAUAGAUUAACUAAAAAAAAAGAUGAACAGUUCAUGAGUUUUUCUGAUUUUAAAGUAGUUUCUUUAUAUUUACAAGAACAUGAUAAUUCAAAUGAUUCUACUGAUCAAUCAUUGAAUGAACAUUUGUGGGGGGAGGAAUAUUUAGAGGAAAUAAUUUUAAAUAAUCGUUUUUUAUUAACACCAUCAUGUUUUUUUCAGGUAAAUCACUAUAGCUGUGAACUAUUAUAUAAGAAAGUUAUUGAUUAUAUAAGUAUAAACAAAAAAAAAAAAAAUUAUCUAUUUGAUUUAUGCUGUGGAACCGGUAGCAUUAGCAUUUGUGCCGCUAAUGAAUUAAAAGAAGAGAUAAAUAUUAUUGGUAUAGAUAUAUGUGAAGGUAGUAUUAUUAGUGCUAAUAAAAAUGCAGAAAUAAAUAAAAUUAAAAAUUAUAAAUUUAUUCAAGGAAGGGUUGAAGAAUUAUUUGCAAAUGAGAUUAAGAACAUAAAAGAAAAUGAUUCUAAUAUUAUAGUAAUAGUAGACCCUCCUAGAAGUGGCUUGGCCAACAGUGUUAUUAAUAUUUUAAGCGCACACCAACUUAUUAAUCAAAUAAUUUAUGUUUCAUGUAAUCCUAUAACUCUAAUAAAUAAUGUGACAAAUAUUUUAUUUCAAAAUGAAAAUUUAAAAAUAAAAAAUUUGGCUUUUGUUGAUAUGUUUCCUCAUACAUUCCAUGUUGAAUGUAUCACAAAUAUUAUCAAAAAUUAA